ACAUUUUAUAAAAAGUUUUGUACGAUGAAGUUAUAGAAAACCUUUUUAUAAUCAAACUAGCAAAAAAACAUCUCUACUGUAAAAGAAAGCCAUAAACAGAGGAUAUUAAAUUAAAAAUUUACUUUUGUUUCUUAAAAUCGUUCCUACUUUUGCUAUAAAAAAGAAAUAUAAGUGUGGUUUCUGUAAAUAUUAUACAAAAAAUAGAAAAACGAAAAUUUAAAAGUGUGAUGUCACCAUCAUUAUAAAAUUCAGCCAAUGAGGAACACUCAUUAUAAAAUCAGCCAAAAUCAGCCAAAAUCAGCCAAUGAGGAAAAAGUUCUACACUUGAAGUUAGCUGCUUUGACAUCAGUAAGUAAUGUCGUCUCGAUUAUAUCCAAUCAAAAUAAAGGAUUUUGAAUUUUAUCCAAUCAAAAUAAAGGAAUAAAGGAUUUUGAAAAAAUAGCCAAUCAAGAAAAAGUUCUACACUUGAAGUUAGUCGAUACGCACCUCGUUUUUAAGAAAGGACUUCAGCCAAGGCCUACAGGUAUUUGAGGACAUUUCUACCAUUUCCAUCUGUUACAACUUUAAAGAAAAUUUUAAGAAAAGUAUCGAUGGAUACUGGAGUAACAGAAGAAACUAGGGCUCGAUUAAAAGUAGCUGGACACGCGGCAGUAUCUGCAAAAGAAAAGGCUGUGGUUGUAAUGUGGGAUGAAUUGCUGUUAGGUUUAGGUUUGCAGUACGAUGAAACUAAAGAUAAAAUUGUUGGGUUUGAAGAUUGGGGAAACACCCGCACAAAUAAAUUCGCUGACCAUGGACUCGUUUUUAUGUUGCGAUUUAUCGACAGCGGCGAUAUUCUUCCAAUAUCCUUCAAUUUUUGCGAAGGACAAACAACGAAAGGGCAACUAUCAUUCUGCAUUAAAGAAGUUAUAGGGGCUGUGAAGGAAGCAGGUUUCAACGUCGUUGCAACAAUAUGCGAUGGAGGAAGCAGCAAUCAAUCAGUAAUUGAUACUUUUUUGCAUGAUACUGAGAAACUAAAAGGAAGUGAAUAUAUUUUGAGGUGUAAGUUCAUUGUUUUGUUAAUUGAUAUAAGUUUUAAAAUGACUAGAAUAUAUUUAUGCAUUAUUUUUAUAGAUGGCUGCUUCAUUUUGUAUGACAUGGAAAUAAUUCCAUUAUUUGAUCCACCUCAUAUGAUAAAAUGUUCAAGGAAUAAUCUGAUUGACAAAGAUCUCGAAUUCAAUUUUGAUCCUAAAAAAGACCAUCGGAGAGGACAUUUGCUUCUUGGGAACAUAUCAUAGAUGUGUACGAAAUUGACGUGUAUGGAAUGCAAAAUCAAAGGUUUUUGCCAAAACUUACGGAUAGACAUAUAUAUCCUAAUAAGAUAAAGAAAAUGCGAGUAAAGAACGCAAUCCAGAUCUUAAGUCUCUCUGUUGCAAGCAGAUUGGAAGGUUUAGCAGGGGGAAAGGAGAGAAAUACAUCCUUGGGACCUAGAAAAAUCCCCGACGAAGGUGCGAAUACUGCAUGGGUCUGUGCAUUCUUUAAUAAAUUAGCAGACGCAUUUAAUGGAAAAGUACAAACCGACGAACAAAGUCCAUUCCGAACAUUAUUGACUGAUGACAGUUUUCAUAUUCCUUUUUUUAAAGAAGCCAUAUCCAUAUUAACUCGAAUGCGAUUUGUUGAUAAGAAGACGAAAAUCCUAGUAACUCGACAACCGCCAACCCUUCGGAAUUUAAUCUCAACAAUUCGAGGAUUCAUUCAUUUAUGGGAGAAAUUAAAAGGUUUAGGUUUUAAAAAUUUAAAAACUAAACACCUUAAUCAAGAUCCACUCGAGAAUUUUUUUUCGAGAAUUAGAGCUUGUGGAAAUUCCAAUAGAAAACCGACUUGCUAUCAGUUUAUAGGUUCAUUUAAAACAUUAGUAAUAAAUAAUAUGAGCAAAAGUCGUUCUGAUAGAGCCAAUUGCAUCGAUGAUGGAAGUAAUUUUGUUCUUUCCUGGCAAAAUUACUUUGGUCCCAUUGAUGUUGAACCUCAGACAAAUUCAACACGACCUGCUGUAAAUGUACCUAAGUCGAAACUGAAAGCAACUUAUUGUAAAACAGAUCCAAUUCCUGAAAAAAGUACAAUUUCAACGGCUACAGAUUUUGUUUUGAAACAAAUUUGCAAAAAAUUACCAUCUUUUGGGUCGUGUGAAGUAUGCAAGAUUGUUGUGGACAAACUUGCUUUUACUCCAUCAAACUCCCGAUUUGCUUCUCGAUCUUGUUUAGAGGAAAUUCACUCCGACUUAAAAUCAAUUCUUCGCAGAAUUUUGAGUUCAAUUUUACAUGAAAAAGGAAUUGUUGUUUUUCUUUUAGAUUUUUUAAAGAAGGAAGUUCGAACAGAGAUAUUUGAAUGUCAUGAACACAGAGAUCAAACAGUAGAAUUGUUUUUGACUCUUUGUAUUCAGCAAUAUAUAGCUUCCACCACAGCAUUCCUUGUUGCAAUUUUAAAAGGAAAAAUUGGUUUCAACUUGACUAAGAAUCCAAAUGCGAAUUUCCUUGUAAUAAAAGCAUUAGCUAAAUGGAAAUCCAUUAUAAAAAGUCAGCACACUUUCUCAACUCUGCAAAACUUCUAAUUUAACAGUGAGUGAAAAGCAUCGAGAAAGCAUUUGUAAAAAUGUUAGGCGAAUUUAAAAUGUGAAAAAUAGUAUUUUUUUAAAAACAGAGGAACAAAUAUUU